AUGGAUUUUGAAAAUAAGGUUACCGAAUUGGCUCUAAAUUUACAUAAAAUUGAUGCGGUGAAGUUUGGAGAUUUCAUGACUAAGAGCGGAAUAAAAACACCGGUCUACUUCGAUUUAAGAGUAAUAGUUAGUUAUCCCGAUGUGAUGGAACUAAUAACUGAACUUCUAUACGAGUUUGCGGUCGCAAACAGCAAAUACGACCACGUUUGCGGUGUGCCCUAUACUGCUUUACCCAUAGCGACAUUACUUAGUGUUAAAGCCAAGAAAUCAAUGUUAAUGCGCCGGAAAGAAGCAAAAUCGUACGGAACUAAGAAAAUGAUUGAAGGCCACUAUCAGACUGGGGACAGGUGCCUAAUUAUCGAGGAUGUUGUGACAUCAGGUUCCAGUGUUAUGGAGACAGUGAAUGACUUGAGAAAGGAAGGUCUAAAGGCUGAAGAAGCAUUCAUUAUAUUAGAUAGAGAACAAGGGGGCAGGGAAAAUCUUGAGUCUAAUAAAGUUCAAAUGAAAGCGCUGCUAACAAUGACUAAAUUAAUAGAGAUACUUCUCGAAAAUAACAGAAUAACUGAACAAACAGCUAAUGAAGUAAGAGAUUAUCUUCAAAAUGUCAAAGCUCCAUCAGUAGUAAAAGUAAAUGAAAGAAUGUUUUUGUCAUAUGAGAAAAGAGCGGAAUUAUCAACAAAUGCAAUUGCAAAACAGCUCUUUAAUAUAAUGGCUGCAAAGAAGACAAAUCUUUGCCUCUCUGUGGACCUUACAUCCUCAACAAAAAUUUUGGACCUUAUUGAAAAAGUUGGUAAUCAUGUCUGCUUAAUCAAGACCCAUGUGGAUAUAAUUGAAGAUUUUUCAAGUGGCUUUGUCUCGUCCUUGCAACAUCUCGCUAAGAAGUUAAAUUUCCUGAUUUUGGAAGACAGAAAAUAUGCAGAUAUCGGUCACACUGUUUCUCUACAAUAUACAAGAGGUCUGUAUAAUGUCAGUGACUGGGCUGAUUGUGUGACAUGCCACUCUUUGCCUGGCGAAGGGAUUUUGAAAGCUCUAAAUGGUGCCUCUAAUACUGAUAAAGGGGUUUUCCUGUUAGCAGAAAUGAGUUCCGAGGGAAAUCUGAUCACACAGCAAUACACUCAAGAAACAGUAAAGAUGGCAGAAAAAUAUGCUGAAUUAAUUUGUGGAUUUGUCUGUCAGAAUAAGGAUACAUUUAAAAACCCAGGUAUUAUCCAAUUAACACCAGGAGUCCAACUUGAGAGCUCUAAAGAUAACUUGGGCCAAGUUUACAAUACCCCUGAAAAGGUUGUGUUGGAAAAUGGUGGUGAUGUUAUGGUAGUCGGAAGGGGUAUUGUUGCAGCUAAGAAUUCAGAAAUUCAGGCCGUCUUAUACAAAGAUGCUCUGUGGAAGUGUUAUACAAAAAGGAUAUCUGGUAAAUUUGAAUAA